UUGCUCGUAUUAACUGAUUCCUACAUAGGUUUACAUCAAAUAUAAAAGGGAAUCUAGGUCUACGACUGUUUACUUGUAUUUAGUCACUAUGUUUAGUCUUUUAAGAGACAGAGAACACUAUGGCAAAAAUACUAGGCUGUUAUACAAUGCAGCUACAGAGAGUGAACAUUUUCUACAGAGGUUAAAGCUGGAGAAGAAAUUAAAAGUUCAUGAUGGAUGUGUAAACACUAUCUGUUGGAAUGAUGCUUGUACACUCAUUUUGUCAGGAUCUGAUGAUCAACAUCUAGCCAUUACUGAUCCUUUCUCUGGGAAGAGUGUGGUCAAAUUUAGAUCAGGUCAUCGUUCUAAUAUUUUUAGUGCCAAGUUCUUGCCUGGUAGUGUUGAUAGAGAGGUUGUUAGCUGUUCAGGCUCAGGUGAAAUAUUCUACACAGACGUGGACAGGGAGGAUACUUAUGGAGCCAACAGAUUUGAUUGCCACUUUGGAACAACAUACAAGUUGCUUGUUGUCCCAAAUGAGGCGGCUACGUUUCUCUCAUGUGGGGAUGAUGGAACUGUCCGAUUUUUUGACUUGCGAAUGAAAACAAACUGCUCAAAAUUUAAUUGUGAAGAGGAUAUUAUAAUACACCUAAGAAAUGCUGUCACUGCAAUGGCUGUUGAUCCCCUAAUACCCUUCCAACUGGCUGUUGCUUCGUCGGAUGGUAUUGUUCGAUUGUAUGACAGAAGAAUGCUCAAGGCCAGAGAAUUAGGAGUUAGCACAGACAGUUUGAUUUGCAAGUUCCCUCCGCCUAUGACCACAGCAGAGAAGAGACACUACAGGAUUACCUCCCUGAAUUACAGACCAGGCUCUCACGAUGUCCUAGUCAACUACUCAUCAGAGAACAUCUAUCUCUUCAACACCUAUGACAUGAACAAAAAACAGUGUUUCUCUUCUCAUGUGGAUCCAAAUGACGUGGCAGGGUGUAGUAAAGACAGCCAAGGAGGAACUUACCCAGACAGCCCUGAAAAUGCAAGUGCUUCUCUAGAUAAUGGCUCUGACAAUGAAAGUGCCUUCAAGCCCAUCAAACGCUUGCGACUGCGAGGUGACUGGUCAGAUACUGGACCGGAUGCCAGACCUGAGAGCGAAGAGCCAGCACUGACCAAUACAAUCAUGCAAAGAAUGUCUGACCUUCUGACUCGAAUGUUGAACAGCAGAAAUGAAACCAAUGAAAAUCAGGAGGAAGCUCAAGUUGAAGGAGCCGCUGUUGAUAAUCAUGAGACUGUUGUGAGACAGGAGACUGCAGAAAUGGACACAGCAGAGCCAUACAUCAUUGACUCUGAAGUUCAAGCAUAUCAUUCUGUUCUGAUAACCCCUGCAUUAAGCUCUGACCAAGUCGUGGGGGCACAUCCAUCCGAGCGGCACUCCAUAUCCAGUGAAGGCCUUGUAUCACCAGAGCUCCUGUGCCAAGAACUUGAAAGCCAUUCUGAGCUCAUGAUCACAACAAGAGAAGAAAACAGUGGCUCUGGUCAGGGUGCUGACCUCCCUGAUGACUCCUUGAGUGACUACGCAAGCUCACGUUUUGAUCCCUCACAGGCUGCUCAUGAGGGAGAUGUCUCAAGCCUGAACAGUUCUGUGACGUUGGUGGACACAAAGGAAGAUUUACAUUCAGAGAAGACUUACAUCGAAGAAAGAAACAGUUGCACCAGUCUAACCCAUGACUCUGAUAAAAAGCUUGCAGCUGGAAAUCUAGAUAGCAAUGUUUCUGAACCACUUCCACGAGUAGACCAUGAUUCUUUGUUACAAAAAAUGAGUCUGUCGACUACCAAGGCAUCAGCAGACAUAAAUCUCUAUGUAUGUUGUGAUAGUGCUGACUUCAAGUUAAAUGAUGAUGUCAGAACAUUAGAGGCUGCAAGCGAUACUAACCUGGAGGCUGCAGGUGCUACCAACUCAACCCUGGAACUUCCUCACAGCUUAGGUGUAGAUGUCUGUGCUCAGCAUAUACCAGUCAGACGGUCUUCUGCCUCAAUCUACUUAAGUCACUACAACCUGGUUCCCAGCGUGGACAUGAACUCAGAAAGCAAUGACUCUAUAUCAGAUCAAAUGUCAUCCAACCUUCACAUUGUGCAAGGCCAACCAUCUUGCCUAUCUGCCCAACAGGGCACCUCAUCCAAAGCCACCACUGAAGACUCCAGCUCUGAACUUGUACCAUCUUCCUCUCUGUCCACACCACCAGCCAAUGUUGUUUACCAUGCUGAAACAUCCUCUAUCCAGCCACGUGUAUUGAGCUCAAACAUGAGUGGCCUAAGGAAUAAAAGAAAAGAAAUCCGGUCAUGGACAUCUCACACCAUUGUCUCACCCACUGCUGGUGGCACAUUCACCCCAAGAAGGACAUCCUCAGAGAACUCAGUACAUUCAUAUUCCCUAUCCUCCUCCGACAGCCCCGUGGCCAUAGCUGAAAGAGACUUGAGCGGCUAUGAAGGCAACUUAUCCCAACAGACAUUAAAUGAUAUCUCGGCCUUCUCCUCCAUGCUCAACCUUACGAACAGUUUCACCACGCCUAUAAGUGAGGUCACUCCAACUGUCUUGCACAGCCUUGACCCAGUAAAGGAUUCGCCCAACAUAGAAUCAUCAGCACCACGUGUUACUGUAUCUUGGCUGGACCAAGUCAGUAGUCAGAAACAAGCUGAGUCCACCCAUGCUAUGGAAUCUACAAACUCUGGUGAGUCACCUACCCCAAACAUUGGCGCUAAUGAAACCUGUCCCGCAACAAGCACUUGUGAUGCACAAAGUGACACUCAAACUAAUUUAAUGAUCUCAGGUGUAUGUACUACUGCUCUGAAGCUCGAAAUAAAGGAUUCUUUCAGGUCAAGCACAUGUACAUCUUGUGGCAUUGACAUAGCCUUUAACAAAGAGACUGGCUUUUCAGAGUCUCAUCCAUCAAGCCUGUGUAAAAAGUGCUGCUUAUUGUCACAGGCAAGCACAUCCAAAAACAUUGCUUUAAAUAAAGAUGCAGUAAGGGGCAAGCUAGAAACUCUUGCAGAACAAUCAAAUACAAGUUUAGAAGAGUUUUCAAAGAAUGCUUCGAUUCAGAAUUCAAGUUCAGAAUUUCCUGAGCCGUCCAGUAGUCAUAAUUCUGUCAAGAAGUCGUCUAAAGGCAAAGGAAAGGGCAAAUCGUCUUUAAAAGCCCAAAAGUCAAGUUGUAAAGCAGAGAAGUUUGCCCCUUACAACAGUGGGAAGAUGAGAAUUUCCCCCAUGCUCACUGACACUACACAUUCUUAUCCUUCUUUGUCUGACCCAUCUGCAAUAUCACCAUCCCUCUCACCAGAGAGUCCUCUCGUGUCUGUCCUAGGCCCUGAGCAGUAUCAAGUCAAGGACUCCACUGGGACAGUCAUUUCGAGAGAUUCGGAGCUGUCGAGCAAUGUUGAAGAUAACGCCAGUGCUGCACCAGAUGAUGGAGAUGAGGCUAUCCAAGACCAGCCACCCAAGGCUCUGUACAGAUUGCCUUGCUUGAAAUCUUGCCCUCAGGGCUUUGAACGUCAAAGACGCAUUGGUUACAGUUUACCACCCACUGGUAGCUUUCAGUUGCACAGUGAUGAUGAUGUUGAGGGUCAUGAUGAGGAUGAAGAUGAUGAAGAGUCUGGGAUUAGAACCAGGUUAAAAUCUGAAAAUAAAGACAUGAGUAAAGCUGCGCUGAAGAUUCAAGAACUUUAUCGCAAGAAAAGAGAUGCCAGAGAAAUGGCUAAAAUGAGGGAUGUUCCUCAGCCUCGUAUGCUUAUGAAGUAUUCUGGCCAUCGAAACUGUCGAACAAUGAUUAAAGAGGCAAACUUCUAUGGAGACAGGUAUGUAAUAUCUGGCUCAGACUGUGGACGCCUGUUAGUCUGGGAGAGGGAGUCUGGGAGGAUGGUUAUGUACUUAGACGCAGACAGACACGUGGUCAACUGUGUCCAGCCUAACUUGUAUUUACCAGUUAUUGCCUCUAGUGGAAUUGAUUACGACAUUAAAAUUUGGUCUCCACUUGAGGAAGACGCUCAGUUUGACCUCAAUAAGGCAGAGAUGAUUAUACGACGCAAUGAGUUAAUGCUGGAAGAAACCCGAGACACAGUCACUGUACCGGCUGCUUUUAUGUUGAGAAUACUGGCCUCACUUUCACAGAUUAGAACAGGACGAAACUCAGCAAGACAAGGACAGCCAGCACCGCCAGAUGUUUGAAUGGAUUGUAGUAGCAAGCACAAGCAAAGGAUUUCAUUCUGUCAGCCUUACGUUUCUUCAAUUACAACUCCUGACCUGGUGGUGGCUUUAGAAGUUUUGGACUAGUGGCUAGAGUGUGGCUGUGAGCUUCAUAUUUCUGUGUAGUACUUAUCAUGAGCUCAUUCAGUUGAGUAGAUUUACUCAGGUCUGGGUUGAACUUGUCUGGUACUUUUAGUUUGCUCUUUACAUCUUCAGGAUUGUUUUCACUUGGCAGGCCUCCAGUUUUGAUGUAAGGCGUCUGCUCUUAGUGACUUAUUGCUUUUGUUAUUUAUUUAAUAUUAUUUUUUUUAAAAUAAAAAAUUGAAGAGAAAUAAAUUAGGUAAAAACUACCAAAUCUAAUUGUGAUAUGCUGGUAUCUUAUUCAUGAAUAUCUUCAUAGCACUCUUAUCUUAUAAGUUACAGACUUUCCUUCUAAGCAGAAGAUAAAUACUUCCUAAGGGUCUUAAAUGUUUAAGUCCUUGUGCUUAUACUAACCAAGUAGUGAAAAACAUCAGUUUCUUUAGAAAGAAGUCAGGCUAGAGUCUUAAUGAUAGUAAAUAGAAGUUUCAGGGAUAAGGAUACUAUCAGAGUAGGAUAAGUAUGAAAAUUAGUCAUACAGAAUGUUAUUUUUAUUAUAUAUAUAUAGUUGAAUUCUCUUUAUCAGACCACAUUGGGACGCAAUCAUUUUGGUUCUUAUAACCCACUGGUCCGAUUGACUUGAGUCAACUGUAGAAUAGAAUUUCUUUUGGUACUUUUGGUUGGAUUCUGUAUGAAUUAAGCAGCUGGUCGUAUUAACCAGUGGUCCAAUUAACCAUAUUCUACUGUAUUAAUAUUGCUAUAAAUUUGCUGAUAAUUACGUGGCGUUGUAUAUUUAUUCAUAUCUUACAUGUAAGGAAUAAUUUAAAGCAGUUUCAACCAAAAUCAACCAAAAUAAUUGCUUUCCUUUUUCUGUUUGCCACUGUCAAUUAUUCCCACAUUUACAGCAAUCUUGUUGAUCAAUAUUUCCUUAUAAUUGUGGACAGUUUGGUAGUCAUUGAUUUUUUCGUCAAGCACAAUACUUAGGAAAGGUACAGACAGGAUAUCCAAACAAAAUACCAGUGUUGCUUUCUGUAGUUUUGCUGUGAAUACUGAACAAUGUGAGUUGGAUGGACUAUGUAUGUAUUGUUAGCAAUAAUAUCUAAAGCACUUUGAAAGGACUAUGUAUGUAUUAUUAGCAAUAAUAUCUAAAGCACUUUGACUAGAGUUGUUGUUGAUGUUGUCUUUUAAAAAAACUAUUGUAAUGCAGUGAAAGUGUGUAGCUUAGAGCCAGCGUGUGCUGUAGAUUUCUGCCUUGCCAAGUUGUGAUGUAAACAUUUACAUGUCUUUCAUAUGUGUUUCGUGGUGUGACACCUAUUUAUAGAGCCAUUGCCAACAUUGCAUUUAUUCACUUCAUGGCUGGCUUUUUGUUUUCAGACUAAUAAAACACCUUUUGUUUGUA